GCGUACCAAAAGACAAAGAGCAACAUCAGGCGUUGGAGUAGCUAUAAAUGAUAAAUAUGAACAGAAUAUAGAAAGCAUAGAAUACGUGUGCGACAGAAUCCUGAGAGUAAAUAUUAUGUUUGACCAACCCAUUCACAUUAUAUCAGUGUACGCAACCGACAUUAAUAAACCUGAAGAAAUGUCAAUGGACUUCUACGAAAAUCUACAGUCAGCGAUAGACAAAAUACCAAGACAUGAAAAGAUAAUUCUGUUAGGGGAUUUAAACGCAAGAAUUGGAAACGAGAACGAACUGAGAAUAAACAACACAUAUUUUCCCCAUAAAGAACAACACAAAUACACCUUCUAUGACAAUAGAAACAAUAAAUCAAUAAUCGAUUAUAUCAUCACCAAUCGAAGUUUCUUACCUCAACAAAUAAUAGACAUAAGAGUCUUAUCCUCAGCCAACAUUGGAACAGAUCACAAACUUAUGCUAGGAAAGAUACGAAUAGGUGCGCCGCUAUCCAAAAAAAGACCAUCGAUAAAAACUGAAAAAUUCAAUAUAGAAUCCCUCAACCACGAAAGCACUAAACAACUUUAUUCAAACAGAUGCCAAACACUUGUCACUCUUAACCCCAUAGCACAGUUUGAUACUCCUAACACAGCUUGGAAUAAACUGAAAGAAAACAUCUGCAAAGGUGCUAAAGAAGCUUUAGGAACACGUACUGUAUCACACAAUAGAAGACCGAACAUUAAACCUUGGUUUACAUUAGAAGUCAAGAACAUUACAAGGGAAAUGAAGGAAAAAUACUUACAAUACAAGAAAUCGCUUCAACACCGGAGAACCGAAAUAUUCUAUACCGAAAUAAGGAACAGGACUAAUAAUAGAGUACGAAAAUUAAAGAAGAAUAUUGGCAGCGAUUUAGUAUUGGCGAAAUGGAGGCGGAUAUGUACGGAGCACAAAAAACGUAUUGGGAAGAUGUUGAGGGGUUUGAAACGAGAAACAAAUGAAACAAUACAACUAAGAACAAUUGCAGAAGAUAUGUGGGAAAAAUAUUUCCAGAGACUUAUACGCAGAAACAGAUGA